AGAACGUGGUUCUCAAAUGUGGAACAAAGUUUUAGUUCUUCGUUCUGCUUUGAUGGUGUUCCUUCAAACAUAGUUGCACUGGAUUGUAAAAUGUCUAAAAAGAAAUAGUGAAUCCAGCGGUCCGUGCUUGUGUGAUCUACGAAAGAUAAAGUGUGCUAGGAAAGAUACAAUUCCUGUGUACUUUUGCCGAAUAUUGGGUGUCAUAUUGUAGGGUGUCAAAAAAGUGUCCCGAAUCCGUGCAGCAAAUGGAUAAAACAAUGCGAAGAAAGUUUUUCAAUGGCUCUAAUAGGAUGAUAAGCCAAACUAACAGUUCUACCGAAAGGACACAGUGCGGGUGGUUGUUACCUGUAUUAGCGCUGUGCCUAAUUUCCGGUUCUCUGAUGCACCUGACCGAAGCAGGCUUUGCCUGUCUUAGUAAUCCGUGCGUUUAUGGAGUGUGUAUCGAUGAUCUAAAUAGCACAUAUUCCUGCUAUUGUAUCGACGGGUAUACCGGUGUACAUUGCCAGACGAACUGGGAUGAAUGUUGGUCUAAUCCCUGUCUUAAUGGAGGUAUCUGCAUCGAUGGUGUCGCUUCCUACAAUUGCACCUGUCCCGAAGGCUUCCUAGGAUUAAACUGUGAAGAAAACUUCAACGAAUGCCAAUCGAACCCCUGCCAGAAUGGUGGCCUAUGCCAUGAUAAGGAUAAUGCUUUCUACUGUACCUGUGCGCUCGGCUAUGAAGGAGAAUUUUGCGAGCUGGACAUAGCUGUUUGUGAUACCGGUGAUCGGUGUCACAAUGGUGCUGCUUGCAUUGAAGGGCCCGGACUAGAAUUCUCCUGCCGCUGCACAGAAGGAUACGAAGGACGGUUGUGUGAUGCUGAGAUCAACGAAUGUGCAUCGUCUCCAUGCCAGAAUGGCGCUAUUUGCAUCGACAAGUUCGCUUCGUAUAUUUGUGCGUGUCCUAUGGGUUUCAGUGGAACAAACUGCGAAGAAGAGAUAAUGGUCUGCGCUACCUCACCUUGCGCCAAUCAAGCUUUAUGUCUGAUGGAAGAAGAUUCGCCUACGUGCUACUGUGUGCCAGACUAUCACGGCGAACGGUGCGAGUUACAGUACGACGAAUGUCAGCUAGGACCAGAACCACGCUGUGUAAACGGUGCAACAUGCGUCGAUGGUGUGGAUGAUUAUUUCUGUACCUGUGCGCCUAACUUUACCGGCGAAAACUGUGAGUGUCUCAUACUGGAUGAGGACGGUCAGAUCGAACUGGACUGUAACUAUACGGCACCCUUUACCAGUACCUCCGGAGAAAUUACGGACAGUGCUUACUUCACGUCUACCAUGGAAUCAUUUCCGUUUUCGACCGAUAGAAUUUGGAAAGUGACUGAUACAUCGUUAGAACGAAGCACGAGCUAUCCCGUGUUUACACCUACCGUUGUGGGUGAAUUUACGGAUCCCUCCAUGGAAGUGACAUACAACGGAACAUCCGUACAAGUAUCUCCUACCAUCUCAGGAAGUGAUCCAUAUACUACAACUUCUGUUGGUGAAAGCGUUACAGACAAUAACGCAGUUUCACGUGGUACUGUAUCUCCAGAUGAAGAUAAAGUUACAAAACCAAGUAUUGAUCCUGGCGAAACUGACGCUACGAAAGAUAAAGCGUCUACUCCAACUAUUACGAUGCCGGAAAAUGGGACAACAGUAUCUGCAGUAGAGGAAACACCGUCACUAAUACCAGGCAUUCCACAAGAUAGUACUCAGGAUAUUUCCAGUGUGGACUAUACAACUGCUAAACCACCGUCUAAAUAUCCUAGCACUGAUGAUGGUUCAACAGCUUCCGAAUUUGUAACAACACCAGUGGACACAUUAUUUACAACUUCCGAUCUACCCCGAGUGUCCACACUUACUCCCGAGUUGAGCUCAUUCUUUACAGAAUCACCAACAAAUCGAUCAACUACACCAUUACAGGGUGAAGAUCAAGUUACAGACACACCAACGUUCACAACGAAUGGCAUAAGCGUGCAUCAAACGACACCCACCCCACUUACAUCUAUUGCCGAUGACACAUCUCGGGAAUCUCCUGGAACCACAUCUGCAGCUUCCAAUGUACCACCCGUAACAACACGAUCGCCGGAAGUGAUUCAAGAGUGUGACGAUACCGUAUGCGCUAACGGAGGAACUUGCGCCAUGACUCCGAACGGCAUCCGUUGUCAUUGCGAUUUUCGCUACGCAGGACCGUUCUGUGAUGUGCCGGUAAGCAUCCAGAACGCUGCGUUUUCGAAGGAAUCUUUUCUACGUCACAUCAUCUACCGUCGCAACAAUUCGAUCGAUCCUGCCUACCAAUCUGUCGAUACUCUCAAACAGUUGGCUUCCAUGGCGGUACGAUUCAAAGCUAAGCUAACAUCUCGCGAAGGAUUAAUUUUACUGGCAACGGCGGAAGGUGACGAUGGGAAUCAUUAUGUGGCACUUUUCCUGCACAAAGGUCUGCUACAGUUUCAGUUCUCUUGCGGAUUGCAAACGAUGCUUUUGAGUGAAAUCGAAGGCACCGUCAACAAUGGAUAUGAACUAAAUGUUAAAGUGCAGUUAAAUUUCAACGAUCGCUACAGCCAUUGUAAUGCGUCGCUGCACGUAAACGAAACACUGGCAAUGAGUGGCGAACAACCGACCUGGCUCGGAACUGUUCUCAGUACGAGACAGCAAAAGGGACAGGAAGGACUCUACGGAAUUGCUGCUUUAGCUUCAAUCAAGCAGAGCUGGCUCCAUUUGGGUGGACGUCCCAUUAAAACGAUGUACACCUUGAGCCAUAACAUAUCGCGAUAUCACGGUUUUACCGGAUGCGUUUACGAUCUGGAAAUCAAUGGCGCUCCAGUGGCCAUCUUUGACAAUGCAGAAGAUGCGUACAAAAUUUACGAAUGUACCUCGCUGGCCUGCCUUUCCAGUCCCUGUCGCAAUGGAGCGAUCUGUGUAGAAGCGGAAGGCUACAGUUUAACGGGACGUUAUGUGCCCACCAUGACGCAACCAGACACUGUCGGUGCGUGGAGUUGCAAGUGCUCUUUCGGCUAUAUGGGCAAAACUUGCGAACAUUCCGUGUGCGAUAACAACCCUUGUCGGUUUGGUGGCACGUGUGUAACGUUUCCGGAAAGUGGAUACCUGUGUCUCUGCCCGUAUGGAAAGCAUGGCCAUUUUUGUGAGCACGAUUUGGAUAUCUUACAGCCAUCGUUCUUCGGUAGCUUCAAGGGCAUUUCUUCCUACGUCGCAUACCCAAUCGCAUUUCCGGUGGAAGAUCGGUUUGAGUUUAGCUUUAAGAUUAUUCCAACAACAACGGCACAAAUUUCGCUGCUUGCAUUCAUUGGCCAACCGUAUGAUCAUCACGAUCAAAGUGAUCAUUUUUCAGUCAGCUUCAUACAAGGAUUCAUCCUCGUAACAUGGAAUUUGGGAAGUGGUCCGCGAAGAAUAUUCACGCAGCAACCGAUACAAGUACAAUCUUCCCGUCCAACCACGAUCCAUGCGGGCAGAAACGGUCGCACCGCUUGGCUGUCGAUCGACGGAAAGGUGAACAUUUCCGGCAACUCGCCAGGAAGCAGCAGAAAGCUUAACGUUUCACCACAGCUCUACAUCGGUGGCCACGAAGGCGUUAACUUUUCCAGCUUACCGCACGAUUUGCCGCUUCACUCCGGGUUUCAAGGGUGUUUGUUCGAUAUAAGGCUUGUGGCAGGACCGGUGCAUAUACCACUUCAACAUAUCGGUGGUAUGCGUGGCAGAAGCGUUGGUCAGUGUGGUACAAAGGAGUGCCAUCGGCAUGCUUGCCAGAACAAUGGUGCCUGUCUGCAGCAUGGUUCCACGUUCACUUGCAUCUGCCAGGAGGACUGGAAUGGGAUACUGUGUUCACAGAAGGUGAAUCCCUGCGAUGAAAGCGUCAGCAAGUGCGCAUCGGAUGCUACAUGCUUUCCGCUGGUGUCCGGUUACGAGUGCGAUUGUCCCUUCGGUAAGGUGGGCAAACGGUGCGAGUCUAAUCUGAAGUAUCUCAGUGACGUUUCGUUUUCCGGUCGUCGAUCGUAUCUCGCGUUACGGUGGCCCAACAUUGGCACCGGAGACUGGAUUGCUUCCUACCGGGAGAAUGAAGUACGCUACGAAAAGAUCGUUCAACAUUCGCACAUCAUCCCGCACAACCAUUCGAUCUUGCUGAAAUCCAUCCGAGAGCUGGACAAGAUUAACGAUGUGCUAAAGGUACUUCCAGAGUCGAACGAUACCGAACAAUACGCGGGCCAUUCGGUGCUUCCCCGCUCGGAAAACUACCGACAGUUGAGAAUUAGACAGCUGACCAUAGAGCUACAGGUGCGUCCACUAUCGGAGAAAGGUCUCAUUCUCUUCGUCCGUACUUUCGAUUCCAAUGCACAGGAACAGGGAUUUAUAAGCAUAAGUUUGCAGGGUGGCGUGGUGGAAUAUCGAAUAUCUUCUACCCGCACGCAAACGGCGGUUGUGCGAAGUAACCAUGUGCUUGCUACCGGUGAGUGGCAUUUUAUUCGCAUUGUCAAGUAUGGGAAACGGUUAACAUUAUGGGUCGAAGGAAAAAGUACCUCCAUUAUCGGUUCUGUUCGAGAGGAGUAUGUGAGUCUUACGAAGAAACUAUAUCUGGGCGGGUUGCCGGAUCUCUCGACGCUACCCUACGAUGCCAUAUCUGGCUACCCCGUGUCUUUUCGCGGUUGUAUCAGACACGUUAAUUUGAACGGGACGCGCAUCACGCUUAACGACAGCUCGAUCGUGGCAUCGCGGAACAUCAACGAUUGCGAUGGUACACCUUGCGGUGGAGACAUAUGUGCGCAUGGUGGACUUUGCUGGCUGGAUGAACACUCCCAGCCACGGUGCAAGUGUCCCGAGUACUCGAAGGGUGUUAAUUGCGAGAUUCAAGAAUCCUGCGAAGUUGUGCAGUGCCGAAAUAAUGGACAAUGCUUAAAGAACGGUCGCUGCAGUUGCGGAGUAGGAUGGACGGGUCACUAUUGCGAGAUUGCUACCACAAAGUAUUCAUCGCUUGGGUUUAACGAUCGCAGCUACAUCCUGAUUCCAUCGCAGAAAAUUAAAAUGAAGGACAAACGUAAUGAUGAUAGUACCAGCAUGGUUGGAAAGCUGCCAUUUGGGUUACAAAUUUCGUUCAACAUUUCCACAUUAGAAGACGGUAUGCUUGCGUGGACUACUGACGAGGCAGACAGGUACUUUGGUAUCGGCAUCCGUGAUGGGUUCCUUGUCGUCGUUAGUAACAUGCUAAAAGAGGAGCCUACCAGUGUGGCGAGUGGUGGCGGACCUUGGAAAGCAUUUGUGGCCGAUGGCGAUUGGCACAAUGUGUUGCUCGAGACAAAAUCACAUCAACUUCUGCUAUUCGUUGAUGGUUACGAGCUAAUCGCUGGUAAGCUCAUCCCUAACUUCCGAACUAUGCACUCGCAAGCAUAUGACAAGCCCGUUUUAAGUGAGGAAAUCACAUAUUUAGGUGGAUUUCCCGAUGAGAAUGUUUACAACCGCACACUGGGAAACUUUGCCACAUCGUUCAAGGGAUGCAUCCAGCACAUUCUGCUAGGAAACCAACUGGACGAGCUGGAUUAUGCUGACUACGAUGGAGCCAACAUCAAUGAGUGUGCCGUGUAAGCGUCCAUCGGAAUGCAGUGUGUGCAUGUAGUUAAAGUGAAACCCAUUAGCAAUCAUCAAACAACUUCUACGUAGUCUAAUUUUACCUCAUUC